GGUUAACAACUAGCUAGGUUUCACAAGGCUGCGCAGUCCACUGCCAUUGCCACCGCCCAUCGAAGCUCUGACAGUGGAUACCAACGUUCUUUAAUCUUAACCUCGCAGGGCGAUUCCAAUCAUUCACAUUUAUUAUCACUAACACUCUUUUCAUAUCUCAACAAUGGCACGCCCGUUCACAACCUACGGGGACCACUCAACAGACCACCUAUCCGCACAACACCCCAAUCCUUCACCUUCAGACGACUUCAAGUCAUAUAACGACGACCUCAGCGACCUCAUCGACCAAUAUGCGGACCCGUACUCGAGAACUUCACGGCAUCAGACCUUUGCCGUCUCGACUAAUCCAUUAGACGAUUCUGAAUCACGAGGCCACUCUUUCUCCAUAGAUCAGAAAAGAAUAUAUUCGGUUGAUAAAGUUGCAGAGGAGGAUCCUGAAUCAAACCAUUCGAACCAUGGUUAUCCCCCAACGCUGAAGCAGGAGAAGAUGAUCGACACUAGAAGUUUUUGGGCUAAAAUUCUUCCUGACUCCUGGGCUUGUCGACUUUUUGUCCUUACUGUGGUCAUCGAGACUGCAGUGGAUCUCGCCAUCGAGGCCGACUUGCUUGUCCGAUUACAGGAUGAUUCGGGGAAACUGGAAGUCUAUCUCAGCGUAUUCGCGCUUGCUCACAUCUUCCAACUGGUCAUGGCAAUUGAUGCGGUGUAUGCACGUAAUACACUGCAAUUUAUGUCUCUUAUCAUAUUCAACCUUCUCUUCCUGCUAUACGCCAUCAUUCAAAUCGGCGAAAUUAAGGACUCGGCAACCACUUCCACCGGGAUUCUGCAUGUAUCAGUGACCGUUCUCACUAACAUUAUACCCGCCGUCAUAUCAGCUGCGGAGAUAGCGUACAUCACUCUUGGCUGGAAAAUUUAUCACGAAUUCGGCUGGAAGAAAAUGUAUGCCACGCAUCAGAUCUUCGAAUGCCUUAUCAAAUUCGACAUCUUCUUUUGGGUCGGUUUCUCCGUGCAAUUCAUAUGGCUGGUCCUCCAGAAGAAUGACUGGGAGUACUACGUCACCUGGGCUGCUCUCCCGUUGUCUAUCCUUCUCCUCAUCGAAGGCCACCUCGCCGCACGUCACGAGAACAAGUGGAUGAUGGGAACGUUUAUGUUUGGAAGUAUGGGCGCCCUGGUCUAUUUCACGUACAAACUUUUCCGCGUCCUUCAGUACCGAGAUACGCAAUAUGCGUUGUACUGGAAAUCGCUUUCCACUUUUUCUGCAAUCGCGAUCGUUCUUCUCGUCAUCACAAUCGUUUUUUCGAUCAUGGUGAUGCGCAAUUUCGGUCGGGGACUGAAGGCGUCGAUUGCAAGAAGUAAGACCCACACACAGGGAAGUGGCUCUCAACACUUGAACCGAGGACCGAUGAGCACAAACCCAAAUCGGAUGAGUAUCGAAUGAACGCGCGCGUACAUCAAAGCCAUGGACUUGCUUGUAUUCUAUAGCGCUAUUUGCCACUCUUUUGAUUUGACACACCAGCCUCACGUUGCCCCAGCCAGGAUCAUAUUUGCAUUGACAUAUCCAUCACAUAUCCUUCGCAUUGCCAUGUUUCGCGUUCUUUAGUUUCUUGAUUUAUAGGUAUACAUAUUAUAGAUAUUUGCACGCUUGCCAGGCGUAGUAAAUACAUCGCCCUCCAAUCUGGAUCUGGAGGCUUGUGUUUCUUCUGGCAUCCGUUUUCUACUCUGACCCUCGGAGCUACCUGUGCUUUGUGGAUGAUUCAUGUAUCGAUGAUAUUAUAAUAGAUACAGAUUUCUUCACUGA